CUCGCAUUUUAGUGCGCGGGGUAGCCAGCGCCGCCAGCAGGCCGCGGCUGGCGAGGCGAGCGGCGCUCUUCGCGCCACCUGGGCAGAAUGAUUACUUUUUUCACCCGUCGUCUGCUGCCCCUCCUGUGCUGGAUGACUGGUGCGGGUGGAACGCGGCUCUGUUAGCCUUGUGGUGGUUGCGGGUUCGUGCUCCGGCCGUCGUCUACGUUCUGGUUGUGCUAGUCGACGCUGUACUACGCAGCCGAGUUGUGUGCCCAAACGCUGCUGGGAUGCGCAAUGAACGGAGCAGCUUCUCCCGUCCGUUCGAUGGCGCGCCCCUCGCAGCGGCGCGGAGCCUCCGACGCCCCUAGGAUCGUUUCCAUGCGCAACAAGCGGAAUCCGCGUUUUUGCGGCGGCCUCUAUCACGGCACCGGUGACGCAAGUCUGUGCAAAGCAACAAGCCAACGACACAAGGGUUUACAUCCGGGCCAAUUGGUACAUAGUUCAAAGGAAAAAGCAGUCACAAGCGACAAAGGACAAUCAGAGAUGCUCACACCACAAGGGCUGGACUAUCAACUGAGGAUGUAGCUUGUUUGUUCGACUCCCGGCGUAUUCUUGCGUUCCUUCUGCACUUCGACACGGCACCAUUGGACUACGGCAAGGUGGAAUUAAGGGCAUCACUUCAGUUGCGUAAAUGCGCCCCGUUCCUGGAGGACUCCAUAUGAAUGACAGUGAUGCUCCCGGCGGACUCCGACGACGCGCUGCCCAGCGCGGCGCGGCUGGCCGAGGCGCUCGUGCUGCUGGUGAUCUGUGUGAGCGUGGUGGCGGCCAACGUGCUCGUGAUCGCCACCCUGCUGCACAGCACGCGCCAGGUGCUGGACUACUACCUGCUCUCGCUGGCCGUGGCAGACCUGCUGUGCGGUGUGCUUGUGGUGCCGCUAUCGGUGUACCCGGCCAUCGUCCAGGACUGGGUCUACGGGGACUUCGUGUGCCGCCUCAGUGGCUACGUGGCCCUGACGCUCUGGAGCGUCUCCAUCUACAGCUUCAUGUGGCUCUCUGUAGACAGAUACCUGGCCAUACGCAAGCCGCUCAGGUACGACGCCAUCCAGACGCGGACACGGUGCCAGUGCUGGAUGCUGUUCACGUGGAUGACGUCCAUGUUCAUGUACUGCCCGCCGCUGUUCGGCUUCUCUAGCGGACACUUCUACCGGGAUGCGUACAUCUGCAUGCUGGACCUUUCCAGCAUCCUUCCGUACACGCUCACACUGGCGCUGCUGGUCCUGCUGCCCAGCGUGCUCACCGUCGUGUACACCUACUACUUCAUCUUCAACACGAUGCGCAAAAUGCGCCGGUGCCUCAGCAAGGAGGAAAAAGAGUACGCCACCGCCAUUGGCGAGCACCUGUCAAAUCCCGACCACGUCAUGUCCUUCGUCAUCAUUGUGCUCUUUUGGGUCUCGUGGAUGCCGUGGAUAGGCCUGCAGGUCUACGAAAAACUUGGUGGCGUCAAACUCAGGUUUCACGCGUUACAUUUCGGCCUUCUCUGGCUGGGCGUCCUGGACUGCUUGUGGAAGCCGCUCAUCUACGUGGCCAUGAGCCCGAAAUUCCGGCUCGGCGUGCAGCUGCUGUUCGUGUCCGUGUGCUGCCGCCACAAGGCGCCGCAGCAACUCGUGGUCUAGGGGGCGCGGAGCACUGGUUUGCAUCUGCGCGUCUUCUUGGGUGUCACCUUUCGUGCUAUUGGAGUACUUCGCAAAAUGCGGUAGAAAAAGAUGACUCAACAUCUGCCGCUCACUCGGCGUUAGCUCUUGUUAGCACAUCUGUUUCAUUCCGCCCCGGAAAGGUUGCUGCUACAGGUACUUAGAGGAAGAUUAAACUGUGUCUCACCAGUCAGUCACAUUCUCCAA